UAUUAUUAACGUUGUUUCCUCUUUUUGAUUUUCUAGUCUUUCAAGUUUUUUCUACCAUAGAUUUGGACUUAUAAGUAUUUAAUCUUUGGUUAUUUUAAUUUAUGUUAAAUUAAAGUAAUAUUGUCUAAGUUUUUUAUUUUUUUACAAAAUAUGGCUCCUGGUGGUGGUGUUAGUAGUUGCAAAGAACUUGUAGAAUCAUGGCAAAAAGUUUCAAGAUUUGAUACAACAAAUAUACAUGAUGAGCUAGAGAAAAGUAUUACAUGUAUUGGUGAAAAGUUUCAAAAGUGUUCAAUCCAUGAGUUGCUUGAGUGUCCAAUUUGUAGAAGGUUCAUGUAUCCUCCAUUUUACCAGUGUCCAAAUGGUCAUACACUAUGCACAAACUGCAAAAUUGAAGCAACAGAUUUCUGUCCAACUUGCAAAGUUGAACUUGGAAACAUAAGGUGUUUAGCCUUAGAGAAAGUAGCAGAGUCACUUGAACUGCCCUGCAGACAUCAAAAUCUUGGCUGUCACAAAAUAUUACCUUACUAUCGAAAGCUCAAACACGAAAGACAUUGCAAAUUUAGGCCUUACCACUGUCCUUACGCGGGAUCAGAAUGCUCGAUAAAAGGGGACAUUCCAACACUCAUGUUGCAUCUCAAGGAGGAUCACAAAGUUGAUAUGCAUAGUGGCUGCACGUUCAAUCAUCGAUAUGUUAAAUCAAAUGCACAACAAGUUGACAAUGCAAUAUGGAUGCUAACAGUUUUCGACUGUUUUGGAAGACAAUUUGUCUUACAUUUUGAGGCGUUUUCACUAGGUAUGACACCGGUAUACAUAGCUUUUCUGCGAUUCAUGGGAGAGGACAACGAGGCCAAAAUGUUCAACUAUAGUCUACAAGUUGGUGGUUAUGGCCGUAAGUUAACAUGGCAAGGUGUUCCUAGGAGUAUACGAGACAGUCAUGGUAAAGUCCGCGAUUGUCAAGAUGGACUAAUUAUUCCGAGAAGCUUAGCAUUUUUCUUCUCAGGUGGGAACGGAGAAGAGCUUACGUUGAAGGUCAUAGGUCGUAUAUGGAAAGAGAGUGCCUAAGCUAUUGUAUAGUGUCGACUCUUCAGAAGAUCACUUUUGAAGAGAACGGUUGUGUAUGGUACGAGGGAAAAACACGUUUUCCCCUGUACCAAACACAAACCAAAAUAUGUAAGUUGGAAGUCAUAGUACUCUAAUUUGAAUGAACUAAAGUUUUGAUUUGUUCAUUUGGAAAAAAAAAUAUGUCAUUCUAACCUUUCA